AUGAUGUCAAGCGCGAAAUCCUCUUAUCCACAGAAUCCACAGCAAGAAUAUAGAAAUAUUGGAGAAAUGUUGGCGAUUCUCAACGUGUCUAAACAAGUGAUCCCACCGGAACAUGUACAAAUAUUGACACCUGAAGUGCCAUAUCUCAUCAAAUUGACUUCAUUUUCUAGUGAUAAAAAUAUAGAAAAAAUCGAGUUACUUGAGUACAACAAAUCACUGGGAGACGCCCUGAAGUACCUGAUUCACAAAUUAAUCGGAAAACGAAAACAAGUUUUAAUUGAGGAGAUGGAAAUCCAUCCAACUGGAUGCUUUCGAUACAGACUCCCAAUUCAAGUCAUGGUUCGAAAUUUGAAGACUUCUCAACAAGUUGCAAAGACUCUUGAUGCAUUUCUGCCUGUAAUUGACGCCAGAUCUCUUCGAACACUGGAAAUUUGA